GAGCUGGAAGCAGCUCUCUACGUUCAGCUCCCUGCAGAGCGGGUCUCCGAGUUCUGCUGCGAGCGAAUGGAGGAGUCACUUCACGUGCGGCGCUGCCGUGCCUUUGCGACAGUGAGGAAUGCAAAGCGUCGGCGAAGUGGAACACCUGCGAAGCAAGCCGGCGAGCUGCGCAGCUUGAUCCCACCGCCGGAUGCCUGGGAGGUCCAGAAGCAAGAGCACAAGGAGGCACCCCGUGCCUCUGAAGCCGUCGAUGCAGAGGAGCCUGUGCAAGAGCCGUCAGGCACAGUGCCGGACAAUUUGGAGGCACUCUUCGGCGAUGGGGCUCAGCUCGACAGCGAUGUUGAGGACAAGAUUGAGGAAUUCGAGGAGGAGGAUCGGAUCGAGGAUUUCGACGACAGCAGGGCAGCUGUCGAAGAACAGGCCGUACCGGAAGGCCUUGCCGCAGAGGAGGUGAUCCAGGAUCCUGUUGGCAGCGACAUGCCCACGAUGAUGAACACAUCUGGGGAGUUGGAUGAAG